GAUGUUCAAGCGCGUAAAUGUACUCCAAUGAAGUGUGGCCGUCUAUUAAGAUAAAUAGAAAUUGCACUAUAAAUUACGCCAGUACAGAACGUAAGGGUGGCAAAAUGUAUCAACAGGAAACGACUACCGUGUUUUUAUUCGGAUUUUUUCUGAAUGCAUGCAAAGGCGCCGACCUCGUGUUGAUCCCUUUUUCAUCCAUUAACGUGACAACAAAUGCAACAUCAUUUGUGCAGAAUAUGCCCAUAUAUAAAGUGAACGAUGGUGUAGUAAAUGACCUGUCCAUAGAAAGAUCAUUUUCAAACUGUACUUGCUGCGCCGCCCUAUCCAGACCAUCUUGGGUACAGCUGACUCUGGACAAUAUAUACCUCGUGGAAAGAGUUCUUAUCUACGGAACUGGUUAUUUUGUUCAUCCCGAUAACAACUUCAACAUAAGUGUAUCUAUGGGUCUUACGGAGGAAUCGCUUCAGGAAGAACAGUUUACAUCGAAAAACAUGACCUUUGCGGAGAAGACACUAAAUCCUCCACGCGAAAUACAGUUUGUACGGGUCACUGUUUAUCGGGUGGCUGGUGUCGACGACGACUUUAUGGGAUUGUGUGAAAUUAUGAUAUACCGACAAGCAGCCGCGGUCUGUGAGAAAUCGUAUUACGUCUUAUUUGCUGCAACGUUGGCUGUGUCUUUGGUCCUGGGAGUUGUUCUUGCCGCUGUUAUAAUAUUUCUCGUGGUGUACAUAAGAAGACGUCAUCACCAAUCUACUGGGAGGAUCUCUGCUGACACAGAAUCGUCUCCUCAAAAUGACUACGAGGACUUGUCAACAAACAGGAACCAUAGCAACUAUGAUUGCCUUCAGAUGCCAACAUUUGAAAAACCGGGGCGCACAGAGAAUAUUGCAAGAUCGAAAGCCGCGUCGACGAAUAGACUUGGGCAAUAACAUGUAUAUGCGUUAGAAUUGUCCGCGUGCGGAGAAAACGUUUGUGUUUUCCCCCAUGAAACGAGUCUUCGGUACAUUUAAAUAACAAGUGCUCUUUAAACUUACUGUAAAAUGAAUCUGUUUAUUGUUUAUUGAAAUGUAUAUUUAAACGAAAAAAAGGACAAACAUCGUGCUAUUUGCUGGAAAAAGAAAUAUUAUCGCCCUAAGGUUAUUGUCCUUACCAAACAAAUGCCAAACACUUGACUUAUCCGGCAUAUGAUGUUUGAUUGGUAGACUACAUGGUUACCCCUUAAUCGAAUAUGUACAUUACUUUACUUUGCACAAUAAAAUCUUACUGUUUAGCCUAAAAUAAUUUCUCAACACGAUAAUUUAAAAAAAUCCGUUAAUAUCAAAUCAAUUCAUACAGCUAUUGCUGAUUAUAUGAAGUAUCAAUAUUAUGGUGCCAAUAAAAUAGUAAUUUAA